AGGUUUUUUAUUUUAUUUUUUUUUGGGUGUCGGCAAGAUGUGUUAGCCAAUGAAAAGCCGCCUUAAAACUCAAAGGUUUGUUGUUAAUCUUGUAAUUGCCAUACGUGAAUGCAGGAGGCAACUUAUGAACAAAGCAACCAAGAACGAAGUCAAAGCCAUUUUCUUUCAAGUUGCCAUGCUAUCCGUGGCAAUUCAGUGUUUUAUUCUGAGCAAAGAACCAAUCUCUUUCUGAAAAAACAGAUUCCAAAAACAUCCUUGGAUCCAAUUGUCGCUUUUGGCUCGUUCUUCAAUGAGCAGAAGCAAUCCUUGGCCGAUCAUGUUCAUCCUCGCGAUCCCUUCAUUCAGCAUUUAUACUCCAGCGCAAAGCACAUUUUUCAACAUCAGAUUAAGGUAGAUGAAUCAUUGGCAAGUUGCCUUUUACGUGUCGUUAUAUGAGCUACACAACCGGUGGCCAAUAGAUAUUGGAUUAUAGAUGUAGCUGCAUGAUCACCGUGGAUUUGCCAGGAUAGCACAUUACACAUCAAUCCACUCUGGGAUGGACGAGCAAUUAUCCAUCUAAAGGGAAGACCUAUUUUUUUUUUACGGAAACCUCUGAUUCACUGAGUAUUAUCUGGCCAUAAUA